AUGAAACACUUGCUAGUGGUGCUGUUGGCGGCGGCAGUAGCAGCAGCCGGCGAUUCGUCCCGCCAUCGCCGCGUCGCCAUUGACGUGGACAAUAAGAAUGCGGGGGCCAAGGAAAUGCACAGCAUCAUCGAUUUGCCAGAUUGCCAGGAUUUGAAGAAAUUCUGCACCCACCAGAAGUCCACCGACAAUCUGUCCAUGCUGGAGUGUGCCCUCACGUUCAGUUCCAGCCAACUGGAGGCUCUUCCCGAAACCUGCCAGCAUGCACUUUGGAUGCAGCAGCGGCAGCUGCAGCUUCCCACAUGGAUAGAAAACACACUACUGCCCACAUACUGUCCAGAGGAGCGGGCAAAGCUCGAGACCUGCCUGAACUCUGUGUACAUGUGGAACUGCCUGGAGGAGCAGCGCCUGCAGCUCUCGCAGAGCAACACGUGCCAGCAGCAUCUCCGGAGUGCCUACAAUGCCCUGGGCCACGACUACACCAACGUGGAUGAGUUCUACGUGGCCUGCAGCAGCCUCGUGGAACACCACAAAUGCGGCCGCCUGAAUGUCGAGCACCUGCCGUCGCUUCUGUCCCAGCUUGGAACGGUGCAGUGCCUCCGGUCGACUGCUCAGAAGUCCACCAUUGAGCCCACUUGCAUGUCCGCCAUGAAUGCCAUCGAACUGCAGCGCGGAAUGCUCGAAUUGUUCAGGAUCUGCUCGGAGGACCUCGCUUCGCUCUGUUCACAGGAGCAAUCCGGAACGCCCGGAGCGUACAAGUGCCUGGUGCGGCACCAGAGCCAUCCAUCGAUGACGGCUAACUGCGCGUCUCAGAUCUCAAAGCGGGAUCAGCAGAUGGGCCGCGACUACCGCGUCUCGCACGGCCUGGCCAAGGCCUGCAAGGAUGACAUCAAGCUGUAUCACUGCCGCCGCGGUGUAUCCGAAGAUAAGCAUGUGCGCCUGGCCCAGAUUCUGCUUUGUCUGGAGACCGUAUCGAAGAACGGCACCAAGCUCGCGCCUUCCUGCCUCGUGGAGCUGACCGACCACCGCCGCAUGCUGAUGACAGACUACCAGUUGUCGCCGGAGCUGCUGAGUGACUGUGCCGACGACAUACCCAAGUUCUGCCCGGAAGAGCACAAGGCCCAGCUGGUGAAUGGCCUGUCCGGCACUGGCGGAGAGAUUAUCCACUGCCUGCUGGAGCAUGUGAAGGCCAGGCGGCCGCAGAGGCGCGUCACGGCCCAAUGUCAGCGCGCAUUGGAGACUUUGAUCAAGGUCAGCGAUGCCGGCGAGGAUUGGCGUGUGGACCCCGUGCUGAGGCGUGCCUGCAAGCCGGUGGUGGACGUGGCCUGCAAGGACGUGGAGGGUGGAGAAGCCCGGGUCAUGACAUGCCUCGUCGAACGCAUCGGCACUCCCUCGAUGCUGCCGGAGUGCGAGCAGGCCCUUCUCAUCAUCGAAUACUUUGUGGCGCGCGACUUUAAGCUGGAUCCGCAGCUGUACAAGCACUGCCGCGACGAUGCCGUCAAGUAUUGCCGGGCCAAGCGGCAGUGGGACGAUAUACAGAAUGUGCAAAUGGAUCCGGAGCGCGGCCCUAUGAUACUGCCCUGUCUGCAUCGCAUGGCCUUCAGCGAGGACGAGCAGCAGACGCUGCGGAAGGACUGCUUCAAGGAGGUCAAGCGGGUGAUGCGCCAGCGAGCCAUGUCCAUGGACCUCAUACCCGAGGUGGAGGACUAUUGCCUGAACGAUCUUUCGCUCUUCUGUGCGGAGUGCGUGGAGAAGGGCAGCGAAAUGGAGUGCCUGCAGAAGAACAUGGACCAGCUGCAGCCGGAGUGCAAAACGGUUGUGGUCAAAUACACAGAGGAGGAAGCAGCUCAUGUCGAACUGAAUCCCGUCAUAAUGAACGUCUGCGGCGAGGCCAUGCAGCAGCACUGCUCGGCCAUUCUCAAGAGUGGCAAGGAUAAUGGCGACAUGAUGGACUGCCUUAUAGCGCACAAAAACGACGCCGAUCUGCGCAAAGAUCUGCGCUGCCGCGCCGCCAUCGAACACUUUCAGAUAAUCUCGCUGAAGAACUUUCAUUUCACGACCAAAUUCAAGGAGGCCUGCCGUCCAUUUGUUCAGCGCUUCUGCUCCUCCAGCAUCACCAAGAACGAUGUGGUCGGCUGCCUCAGUGAGGUGAUGCGCAACGAUACAAUCAAGGCGCAGCGCCACCAGAUACCCAAGGAGUGCCGCCAUCAGGUGAAGUCGCAGCUGUAUCAGCAGAGGGAGAGCAUCCAGCUGGAUCCGAAGCUAGCGAAUGCCUGCAAACGGGAACUGGAAGAGUUCUGUGGGGACCAAAAGGGUCCCGGUCAGGUGAAUAAAAAUGCCUUGGAGUGCCUUAUCAAGAAGACCCCCAGCUUGGGCAAGACCUGCCAUCACGCCAUAUUCAUGAUCAAGAAAUCAGAGCUGGGCGACAGCGGCACCGACUACACGCUCCUCAACACGUGCAAGGAAAUGAUCUACAAGUUCUGCCCGAGCACGGACUCCGCGAAGCUCCUGGACUGCCUCAAGACCUACAAGGAUGACACGCAGUUCGACCAGCGCUGCCAUCUGGUUGUGGUCAAUCGCAUGAUCGAACAGAACACGGAUUUCCGCUUUAAUCCCUCGCUGCAGAGUGCCUGUGGCAAGAACAUUGAUAGCUACUGCUCGCAUAUUGUGGCCAGUGCAUUGCUCAACGAGGAGCUCAAUGGAAAGGUCAUCCAUUGCCUGAAAGAUAAGUUCCGUCAAUCGGCGCUGGAUGAGCCUUGCGCCCAGGAGAUGAUCAAGAUUCUGCAGGAGCAGGCGCUCAAUUACAAGCUUAAUCCAUUGCUCCAGGUGUUUUGCAAAUCGGAGAUCCAGGAGCUGUGCAAAGCCAACAUGGAUGCUGAUGAGCAUGGCCAGGUGGCCGAGUGCCUGAAGACGGCCUUCCUGCAGAAGCAGAUCAUCAACAGGCAGUGCCAGAUGGAGGUGGCCACGCUUAUAGCCGAGGCCAAGGCCGAUAUUCAUGUGGAUCCCAUACUGGAGACUGCGUGCACAGUGGAUCUGCUGAGAUAUUGCUCCAAGGUCUCCAGCGGCAACGGACGCAAGCUAAAUUGCCUGCGCACGCUGCUGAAGGAUACGCCCAACUCCUUGGACACAGACUGCCGCGAGAAGCUGCAGCGACGCAUCGAAAUGUUCCACAAUGCGGACGAUACGCUGGCGCUGCCGCCGGAGGACAUGCAACAGCUAGUGCAGCAAGUGGUCGCGUCGCCGGCCCGCAAAUUCUUCCUUGUGAUAUUGAUGAGCGUCACGGGCCUGAUCUUUCUGACGGGCAUCUUCCUGGGACGAGCAACCAAACGUGCAAUGGGCUUAAAGAAUAAAUAGACUGUAGUUUGUGGGCAUAGACCAUGAUAGUUGUAAGCGUGUGCGUGCCUGCCUGUGAGCUUAGCCCCGCUUGUUGUUCUCCAUUUUGGGUUCCAUUCCCUCAUCCAUUUAUCCAUCCGCCCCCCUACCACUGCAUGCAGCCUGAAUAUUUGUGUAAGUGAUUUGUGGCCUAAUCGUUUCUAAGACCAAAAAAAAAA